AUGGUGGCACUCAAAUUUACUCUAGCUCCAGACGCAGCAGCAAGGGUGCACGAUAUCUUGACCUGCCUUGCACGGUUCAGUGAGACUGUUUCAAUCGAAGCACGGCCAGAUGGACUCUCUUUCACCACGCUAAACUCAUCAAAAACGACUUAUGCUUCAUUUACACUCGAUGCAAGUCAGUUUUUCUCGCGGUACAAGUGUGCCGUAGCCGGCGGCGACUCGCAGGUCCGAUUCACCUGCCGUAUUUUGAGCAAAGCCCUCUUAGCUGUUUUCAAAGGCAGGAUCUUAGAUCCUCGAGGGAGAGACUCUGCCAUUGAAUCCUGUGAAGUGAGCGUCAAUGAUACAGCCGACGAGAGGGAGUGUAGAUUUAUUAUCAAGAUGUUCUGCAACCAAGGUGUUGUGAAGACCUAUCGUUUGACAUACGAAUCUGCAGAUGUGAUGCAUGCCCUAUUUGACAGGAACUCUGCACACAACAAGUGGACGAUCCAGUCACAGAUGCUUAAAGAAUAUAUCGACUACUUCGGUGCACGUACAGAGCAAUUGGAUAUUUACGCCGAGGAUGAUCGCGUGAUCUUCACGAGCUUCACUGAGAAAAUCACUAAUGGCAAAGAGGUCCUGAAACAACCUUUACGGACCGCAGUUUCUGCACACAAAGCCGAUUUCGAGAAUUUUGAUGCCCAGGACAAGAUCCAUACAAUCAUAAGUGUUCGCGAUUUCAAGUCUGUCGUCAGCCAUGCUGAAACGCUCAAAGCCGCUGUAUCUGCAGACUAUUCGCAACCCAACCGACCUCUACAAUUCAGCUAUGGAGCGGAGGGGAUCUACUGCGAGUAUACACUGAUGACAUCUGGGGAUCGUUCCGCCCCACCGCCAAUCACGCAUGCUGGCCCUUCUGUAGAUCGACCAAGCUCAAGGACGCGAUCGACUACUACUACAGAUCAGCAAAACAAGUCGAGAUCAGAAAGAAGUGCUAUGCCUCCCCCACCCGUCGCUGACUCUCGCAGUGCGGCACGCAGAACCAGACCGCCUGGUUCCGCAAAACCCACUCCAAGCGUCCUGCCUACAGAGAUGACUAAUGCGAACAUUCCUGAAGAUCCAGAUCCUGAAAGUCUCUUCAUUCCUGAGCAGGACGAUGCAAGGUGGGACCCUGCGGAAGAUGAAGAUGAUGGGGAGACUCUUGGAUGGGAUGCAAGUGCCAAUUAUGAACCUGGAUUUCAGGCUACCUUCAAAGACAGCGGGUCUCAUCCAACUUCAGAAGAACAGCACAGUGCCACUGAAGGUCUAGCGCCCACCCAGAGACUAUCUCAGGUGAGAGGACUCUGGUAG